AGAAAUAAAGAGAAGAUAAAUAAAAAAAAAAUAUGACUCAUUACGUAAAAUUUAAUCAAUGAAAUAUAUAUAUGUUUAAAAAGCAAAAAAGUGUGAUCUGAACUGAAGUCUGAAAACUGAAAAGAUGAGCCGCACGCGCGGGACUUUUUACAGCCUCUGCAGUGAUGUAUUAAUAUUAUGUAUAGUGUAUAGUGCGUCUUUUUGGCAUCACUUUCUUCUCCUCUCCGAAUCCAAACAUGUCAUUCCCAUCAAAAUCACAGCAAACCUCCUCGCUGUCACCGUCUCCUAUUUCCCAUUAAUUUAAAGAAAAAAGAAAAAGAAAUGAUCACCGAAAGCUGUACGUACACUCUUGCUCCUUCCUACACAUGCUCUUGUCUUGUACAAACAAACCAAACACAAUCUCUUCUCCACUUGCUCCAUUUUCUAUUCUCCUCUUCCACCUUUUCACAUUCUCUGCGCCAACGUGCCACACCCUUUUCUCCCUUUAACUCAACUCCUCUCUCUAUAACUUCACUCUCUCUCUCACUGUACCCCCACACGCACCAUAAUGCACCAAAGGGACAGACAGAAACCCACCCCACACAGGAGAAGAACCCCUUCCUUCUCCUCCUCCCUUCUCGACGCCAUUUACCACUCCACCGACGACACAAAAUCCGAUCUUCACCAGGAUCACCAUCUGGGUCAAACCACCCACACUUUCAGCCACAACGCUCAGACACGUGGCAAAGAGAGAAUGAAUCUUCGCCGUGCCGUCAUGCUCGAAGAUUGGAUGGAGAAGCGCACUUCCCAUUCUCAUUCCCUUGGUUCUCACUUGCUGAACUCGAGUUCAAGCUCCUCCGAAUGCAGCUCCGGGGGAAUAUUCUCCUCUUCAGAAACUGACACGACAACAACCUCAAAGAAACAAAAACCAAGACCCACCUCGGAGAAGCAGAAGAAGAAGGAGGGUGGUUUUGCAAGGGCCUUGAAAAUCUACGGCGAGUUCAAUCAGAGAGUGAAGCAACCCGUUUCACCCGGGAGUAGAAUAGCCACGUUCCUUAGCUCCAUCUUCAACUCUCAGAACGUGAAGAAAGCCAAAAUGUGUUACGUGGGUGCUGUCGAAGACGUUACUUUCGACCACAAAACCAAGUCCCCGUCUUUCUCUUCCACGCCUUCUUCCUUCUCCAGAAGGUCUUGCAUGAGCAAAACACCUUCUUCCGCCAAAAAAUCCAACGAUGGGGUUAAAAGAUUCGUCAGGUUUUACCCCGUUAGCGUAAUCCUAGGUGAGGAUCCUCAUCCACAAUCCAGCAACAACGUUUAUGAGACUCAACCUAGUCUUAGUGUCAGAAAGAUUACGAGAAAUUCUUCGAUCAAGGAGCUCAACAACACCAAAGAAAAUAGAAUUGAAGAAGCAGCGGCGCGUGGUUUUAUUAAAGGAUACCGAAAUUCUGAUAAUACGGGUACUGAAUUUGAUUUUAGAGGUUUUUAUGAUAAUGUUGAGAAUGAGAACGAGGAUGAUGAAGAAGAGGAUGAUGAUGUGAGUUGUUCAAGUUCGGAUUUGUUUGAGCUGGAUCAUCUCAUUGGAGCUGCAAGGUACCAAGAAGAGCUUCCAGUUUAUGAAACUACCAAUUUGGAAACAAAUAAAGCCAUUGCUAGUGGUCUAUGUUUGUAGUUUAGUUCACUUCAAAAAAAAAAAAAAAAACGACAUUAAUUGUAAUUAUUUCCAUAGUUUUUGCUACUCAAUUUAUAAACAACUUCAUUGUUCU